UGAAACGGAUAGGGAAGCCUCUGAAGGCGCAGAGCAUCGUACAAAGAAAUCAUGGCGUCGAACGCCGUCAUUCUCACCCCUAAAUCUCUGCUGACGUUACGCUUCGAUGGUUUUCCACGUAAACCCUCUUUGCAUUUCACCACUCAGCUCACUCGAAUUCAACACAACCCUCUGCAAGCACAAUGCUUGUCAACCCGCUUUUCCCCUCCUAAUUCUUUUUCUUCCGGUCACGGGAUGAAGACAUUGAAUCCUUUUGAACCCGGGCCGACUCUUACCCGGUUUUCAGCGGUUUCUGACGGCAGUUCAGGCGGCGACGGCGGAGAUGGUGGCUUUGGUGAUGGUAAUUCCGGCGGCGGAGGCGGUAGUGAUGGUGAGGGCGAGAGUAACUGGUCAUUGCUUACAUGGUAUUUAUCUCUUCUUGAGAAGUACCCUGUGUGGACAAAAGCUGUCACAUCUGCUCUUUUGAAUUGUGUUGGAGAUUUGAUCUGUCAGCUGUGGAUCGACCACGCCCCAUCUUUAGAUGUAAAGAGGACGCUUCUCUUCACAUUUCUGGGCCUGGCCUUGGUGGGGCCGACGUUGCACUUUUGGUACCUAUACUUGAGCAGAUUGGUUGCAAUUCCUGGGGCAACUGGUGCUUUUGUGCGCCUUAUACUUGAUCAGUUCAUUUUCACUCCAAUUUUUAUUGGGGUUUUCUUAUCUACUUUGGUGGCACUUGAAGGGCGGCCAUCACAAGUGAUUCCGAAGCUUCAACAGGAAUGGUUCUCUUCUGUUCUUGUAAAUUGGCAACUAUGGAUACCCUUCCAAUUUCUCAAUUUCCGAUUUGUUCCACAGAACUUUCAGGUGCUUGCAGCCAACUUUAUUGCUUUAAUAUGGAAUGUGAUCCUCUCAUAUAAAUCCCACAAAGAAAUUCCUGCCACAUAAGCAGAACUCUGAACACAUUUUUAUCAGGCCUGGUCUUCAUGUGAUUGGAAAACGCGACUUCGAAGGUUUUACAGAACAAUAAUCUUUGUUAUUUUGGCUUCUUUUCAUAUCUAGCAGCUUCUAAUGGACAUUUUUCUAGAAUUCUACCUUGCUUUCUAACAGGAUUCUUUUUUUAGUUAAUCUUUUUUUUUCC